CACAGGCCAGAUCCCUGGAGACGUUCGGCUGCGGACCUGCCAUCUGAGAAGACCAGAUACCCAGGGACCAAGGGCCUAGGUCAGGGCCUGGGUUCCGCGCGCAGCCGUCAUGAAGCUGACGCGGAAGAUGGUCUUGUCCCGGGCCAAGGCCUCGGAGCUGCACAGCGUGCGGAAGCUCAACUGCUGGUGCCCAAGGAUGCUGUGCCCAGAUGACCCUGUUUGGGGGCGACCACAAGAGACUGGUCCUGUAGCAUCAACACAGACUCACAAGCAGGUGGCUGGGUCUUGUGGGGCCAAGGAGGACCACAGCUGCCAGAGGAGGUGUUCUGCAGGGGCAGCCGUCUCACAGAUAUCUCCAUAUGCCGGGAGAUGCCCAGCCUGGAGGUGAUCACGCUCAGCGUCAACAGCGUCUCCACCCUGGAGCCUAUGAGCAGCUGCCGCCGCCUGAGCGAACUAUACCUGAGGAGGAACCGCAUCCCCAGCCUGGACGAGCUCUUCUACCUGAAGGGCCUGCCGCACCUCAGGGUGCUAUGGCUGGCGGAGAACCCGUGCUGUGGCCCCAGCCCACACCUCUACCGCAUGACGGUGCUUCGCAAUCUGCCGCACCUGCAGAAGCUGGACAACCAGGCCUCGCUUCUUCCACCCUUCCCCCAAGCGGUGACUGAAGAGGAGCUGACCCGUGCGCUGAUGGAGGGAGACGAAAUCACAGCUGCUCCCGGCAGGGAGGGCGCAAGCCAGGAGCAUCAGGAGCCACCUGACAACCUGAGCACCCUGGGCUCCGACACUGAGCCUGGCCAGGAUACGCUGAGCUGCAUGGAGGAGGAGGCAGACUGUGUCCAGGGCCACCUCAGCCUGAAGAACCCAGACAGGGACCAACGGUUUCCUUCGUUCCCACAGAGCAAUACCGUGAACAGCCACAAGAACAGGAACGUGCUGACGGCUGUGCUGCUGCUGCUGCGGGAGCUGGACACAGAGGGCCUGGAGGCCGUGCAGCACGCUGUGGGCAGCCAGCUACAGGUCCUGCACAGGCUGGAGCUGCAGGAGGACACAGCGUGACAGGGGCCGGCAUGCCCUGCCGCAGGAGCCUACCCAUACCACAGAGCCUGGCCCACACCAGACAAGGCAGAGCAGUCCUGUCCCAGGGCUGUGGAGAUGCCCACCCAUACUGGGCCAUCCCAGACUAGACCGUAGAGGCCAUGGGAAUCUGGGCUCUCUACUGAAACCAUGGCCACAUUCAGGAACUUUGGCUCCUUCCCAGCAGGCCUGGUCAGGGUUGCACUUCUGUGUCCUUUUUCUGUGCUCUGAGGAGCCUCGCAGUGGGGGACCCGUGCUGAGCCUGUGUGAGGCCCGCAGCGCCCGUGCCCCCCAGUCUGUGUCCACAGGAAGGGCGGACUUGCCAGGAAGCUGGGAGCUGGGGGUAAGGCUGCAGCCCAGUGAGGGACCUCCUGCCAGUGCACAGUGACUGAUGGGGACGGGGCGCACGUGCCUUCUGCCACUUUCUCUGGGUCAGGGCCAUCUGUGACAGCCACACCCACACCGCCGACAGCACAUUGGCUCAAGGGACUGCUACGCAAGCUGAUGAGCCAGCUGCUUGAGGCUCAGCAGAGCCCUCUGUGCACUGGACUGGGGCACAAGAUGGGGACUGGUGACUGUCAAGGUCCCCUUGCUUACGCUUCAGGGUAAGUGUGACCUCAGCGUGGAAAGCAAGGGGUCACAAGAUGGGACACCUCAGGCGGAUGGCCCCAGCCCUGUCUGCUUCCCCUGGUCACAAGUGAAUAAAGCCCUGUCUGUUGGA